UCUUGUGGCCUAUUUAAAGCAGACCCCAGUGGCCCAUUGUUUACUGCUGUGUGUUUCAACAUGGCUCAGCUGCAGCUGUUUGUGGUCAUGCUCUUGAUGCUUGUUGUUACAGGAAGACAUUUUGUCAGUAAGAGGCCGAGAUGUUACCAGCCGGGGCCCAGGAAACGUGACUUUGGAGUGAAAACCGCACCUCGACCUCAUGAAAUCCUCAACCUUAUUCAGCUGCCCAAGUCCUGGGACUGGAGAAAUGUAAAUGGCGUCAACUACGCUAGUACGACUCGUAACCAGCACAUUCCCCAGUACUGUGGUUCCUGCUGGGCUCAUGGUAGCACCAGUGCAAUGGCUGAUCGCAUCAAUAUCAAGCGUAAAGGAGUAUGGCCAUCUGCUUAUCUCUCUGUCCAACAUGUCCUGGACUGUGCCGACUCUGGGACCUGUCAUGGUGGAGACCAUGCACCGGUUUGGGAGUAUGCCCACACAAAUGGCAUCCCUGAUGAGACCUGCAAUAACUACCAAGCAAUUGACCAAGAAUGUGAACCUUUCAAUGCCUGUGGGACCUGCACAACCUUUGGUAAGUGCAGCACUGUGAGAAACUACACCAUGUGGCAGGUCGGUGACUUUGGAGUCAUCAGUGGACCAGCUGACAUGAAGGCAGAGAUCUUCACUGGAGGACCUAUCAGCUGUGGAAUCAUGGCCACUGAUAAACUGGACGCUUACACCGGGGGACUGUACUCGGAGUACGUGGAGUCCCCUGAUAUCAACCACAUUGUGUCAGUAGCAGGCUGGGGAGUAGAAAAUGGCACCGAAUACUGGAUUGUGCGCAACUCCUGGGGAGAGCCAUGGGGUGAGAGGGGUUGGCUCAGGAUUGUGACGAGCGCCUACAAAGGAGGAAGUGGAAGCAAGUUUAAUCUUGCCUUGGAGGAAGACUGCGUGUAUGGAGAUGUAAUUGUACCUGCAACCUAUUGAUGGACUAGUGAUAUAACUUUGGAACAUCUUUAAAUAUUGUGUAGACUUAACUAAACUAUGUAGAUGGUUGGCAGGAAACUUCAGCCCUGGACAGCUGGGGAGCAUGAGCUAAAGAGGAAAAAGUUCAACUGUUGUGUUGAUGUGACCUUGACAGAAACUUGUCAAGUAAUUAAAUUAUUCACUAUAGAUAAGAA